AUGGCGGGAGGCGAGAGACUAGUUGGCCUGCUCGAGACCCUUGCCAACCUCGAUGCUGGCGUGCACUGGUUCUGUCCGCGCCAGAAGGAUGACGAUGGCGGGCACUUUUUCGACGAGGACCUGGGAGAUGCGGCGUCAGAAAGCAGCCAGGAAAAGGCGGAACGCAUGGAAAAGAUACAAGAAGCCAGAGGCAGGCAAGACGAUGCAAUGGAGACCUGCAUAUUGCUGGCCUUCAACGGACCGGAUGCAGAGCCAUAUCAGGCCAAGCUGAAGCACUGCCUCUCCAAACAACUCACGCGCUGCGACAUUUGCGUGCGCGAAUUCCAUCGUGCUCGACGGCGCCUGCGUAAUCAAUUGGAAUCCGACUACUCACCAGAAGAUGUUCUUUUGUUCAUGCAGACCUUCGACGCCAUGAACAGUGAGCGUAUCACUGCCGGCCUCGACGACAUGACCGAGGCUUUACUGGACAUGCCUCCCGAAGAACGCAAGAUCACUGCAGUGGGCGAUGUCGGCAUGUAUGCCAUGUUCGAAGCGCUCCAUUGUAUUCCCUUUCUACGUCAUGAGGAGCUCCUCGCCAAACACUUUGAUCAGCCCUUCCGGCUCGUGCAGACCAAGAAGAAAGUCAAUCUCCCAAAUUAUGCGCCCGGCAUGAUUGCCUUUAUGUACUCCGCCAACGAAGAGCGCAGAAAUUGGGCAGAACGUAACGUCAACAGAAUCAAGCGUCCGCUCUUCAAGGAAGAGUUCGAGUAUGCUGUGAAGCCUUUCUUGGAACCCGCCAUGGCCAAGGUUCACGUCAUCUCGCUGGACCUCGUCUAUUUACCCCAAUAUUGGCGAGCGACCAAACUCAUUGUCGACAGUUUGGACAAGACCGCUAUGGACGAGGGCCUUCGAGCGCUCGACACCAAUUUCUUCGUCAUGGCGCUUGAUCACUUCCAGAUCGACGCUCCACACUUUACGGAUUUGCUCGCCAGUGUCCAGAAACUCAUCCAAGUGGGCGCGGGAGAUUUCUGGGAGGCAGUGGGAUCGGCCACACCACAGAACGUGAUUGAGGCAAUCUGUAGAGCACCCGGAUUCGAGACACUUCUCACCACACGCGAUGAGCGCGAACCUCUGCGGCUAGAAGAGAAGAUGGGCUGGGUUGACGCAAUCAUUCACAGCAUCAAGCCGGCCAAUCUUGUACCACCUCUUCGAACUCUUCUGAAUCAGCUGUUGCACAAGUACCAGGAAGAACGGUAUUCGAACUAUGCGAGCAGAGUCACCUGGGAGAAGGGUCUCACUGCGCUUCUUGAUUCCAUCAACAUCAUUACUAACGCCGUCGAUGGAGGGCCCGUCUACGUUCACCUUGUCGAAGCCGUUGCAAAAGAUCACAUCAGUCCAAUUUUGCAGGAGCUUCUCGGAAUUGAAAAGAAAGACGAACCCGCCAUCUCCAAGACUGAGUUGCUUGACCUCGAUAUCGUCGAGCGUAUACUUGCAAUGGAAGUCAAGGGCCUUGCCCGAGAUCGACGCUACAUUGAGAAGAAUCACGAUCUUGACCAUGAGAUUGGUGUCUCCAGCCUAAACCUCUGGAAGAUGACCAUGCGAGCUGUCAAGCCUGGAAAUGCGUACCUGCCGACUGCCAUUUUGUUCGGCAUCAAGCGCCUGGUCCAGCUUGAUGCACUGCCGCCUGUCGACCUCAAGAAGGCGCCAAAGCCAGCACCGAAUUGGAACAACGCACUCUCGCGAGCCCAGAAUCAUGUCAUUACAGACUUUCUGGGACGCGUUGAUCACUUCACGCCCGAGCAGCUGAUGGACUUGCUGAUGGAUCAGAAGGCAUCACAAGGCUUCAUGACGCUUUUGUUCAGUGCCAAUGACGAGAUCCAUCAGAGCACGCUUUCAGCGCUGAAGGCACUGAGCGGCCAAGACAAUCGAAGAGACAGUUUGUUCCACGUCAUUGAACUCAUGCUCGGUACAAUGCUAUCCGCCGUCGGAGAGAGUCUGGGACUGAUUCAGGAAGCACGCAUAUUUGGUCCCUGCGAGGUUUCCCUCAAGCUUUGUCGAGAUAUACUCGACUGCCUCUGUAACACGCAGGAUGGCAUUCUUCGCAAGGAGAGUCGUUGGACUGAAUCCGAUCUCCGAGCGCUCAAGGUGUUCUGGUUCCGAGUUUGGAGUAUCACCGAAAUGAUCUUCGAAAUGACUGAGCAUUGGAGUGGAACAGGCCUCGACAAGCACAAAAUGCAGGAAUUCUGUCGCGAUACAAUGGACUUUGCAGAGUACACAUUCGAUCAAUACGCAGUCCUCGCUGGUGUCAUCGACUCUAGUGGUGCUCCCGGAGAUAGCAAGUCGCUCCUCAAUUGCACGAAUCGAGCGUUUCGGAGCGUAGUCAAGUGGCUUCGACUGCGCGAUGAUUACCUCAUCACUAAAGCUGUCAGUCUGACCAGCAAGAUGUUGAUUAGGUUGCAAGAUGUUGGUAUAAGAGUUGGCGAAGAAGCAGAGGAUUACGUUGAAAGGAUUGUAAUAGAGACCGGCUCCCAAAAGAUCAAAACGAAGCUUGCAGCACACCACAAAGCCGAGCUGCAGCGCGCUCUGGAACGACACAUUGGCGAUUCUCUGUCAGGCAUCAUUGAAACAUCCCAAGCCAAGAAAAAGCAGAGCUCUCUUGAUAGAUUCGCAUUCGCAGGACGCGCCGGUAGCGAAUCUGGAGCUUCAACGCCCACCUCUACAACCGCAUCGAAAGCCAAAGGCACUCUGGACAUCGGCAAAUGGAGCAAAGCUGUCGAGCAGAAGAAAGGAGAGCCGAAGGAGCCAAAGUUCAACAAUCUUCUGAAGCAGCAGCAAGAGAUGAAGCAGAAACAACAACUACAAGAUGCAUUCGUUGCUAACCGUAGGAAAGCUCAGGCUGAAGACAAAGCCAGGCGCGAAGCUGCUCUCGCAAAGGCAAAAUCUUCUGGUGCUGGGACUGGAGUUUUGGGCGUUGGCAACUAUGGCGCAGAUCACUCUGUGAAAGGGCAGACUGUCAUGGUUGAUUCUGAUGACGAUGAGAGCGAUUCAGAGGAUGACCUUGACAACGAUUUAUUUGGACCCCCAGGCAAGCCGAAGAAACAGGUACGACCGGAGCUUGACCUCAGCAACGCGCAAGGGCUCAAACCUGAAGUCAAAAAUCGUGCAACUCGCAUCAAUCGUCAGAAUCGUUCGCACAAGGACAUGCGCGCUCGACUUGCGCCGGAUCUGGGACCAUUACACCGCAUAAUCUUGGGCUGGGAUGUCUUCUACUCAGGAGACUAUCCACCAGGACACAACUCGCACGAAUUCUCUACAGUGGAGAACUCAUUCCGCGACCCAAUCACCUACCAGAACACGUUUGAGCCUCUGCUGAUCCUUGAGGCAUGGCAAGGAAUGGCCAAAGAGCGGGAAGAAAGCAGCUCUAAGCCCUACGAGAUCAAGGUGCAGAAUCGCAGCAAUGUCGACCAGUUUCUCGAAAUCAGCAGCAUCAUCGGACACCAGGAGAAUCGCGACCUGUCACUUUCAGAAGGUGACAUCAUCCUCUUUUCGAGAUCGAAGAAGCCUCUCACCGAUGCUGAAGCACCUCAUUGUCUCGCUCGGAUAUAUAAAGUCAAGCGUCAAAAAGCACACCUCGAAAUUGUCUACCAAGUCAUGCCCGGUGGAUCGCUGGCACCACAACUCACAACGCAACAGCUCAUCUACGGUGUGAAAAUCCAAUCUAUUACACCGUUGGAGCGCGAGUAUGGAGCGCUCAAGGGUUUGACCUACUACGAUCUCUGCAACCAGAUCGUCAGAGCCAAGCCAUCGUCAAAGAUCAACUUCAGUGAACGCCAAAUCAAUUCUUAUCGUGAUUGCUGGAAUCUCAAUGCAGCGCAAUCGGAGGCUGUAAACGGCGCUCUAGAAAAUGAAGGCUUUACACUCAUUCAAGGUCCGCCCGGAUCUGGCAAGACCAAGACCAUUGUGGCGAUUGUUGGUGGACUUCUUUCGCAAACGCUUGCCAACAACCCAAGAGGUGCCACGCGAAUCUCUGUUCCGGCAGCGAACAGCAACUUUGCCAGUGAUUCGGCGUCCAAGAAACUUCUUGUCUGCGCGCCCAGCAACGCUGCAGUAGAUGAAUUGGUCAUUCGUCUGAAGCAGGGCGUGAAGACCAAGAAUGGACAGAAUCACGCAAUCAACGUGGUGCGCCUUGGUCGCAGCGACGCUAUCAACACACAAGUCAGAGAUGUCACAAUGGAUGAGCUCGUUGCAAAGAAGCUGGGCGGCGGCAACGAAGCCGAUGAGAAACAGCGGCAGCGCAACGCCGAGUUAUUCAAGGAGCACGAGCAAAUCUCCGCCCAGCUACGAGAGCUUUAUGCACAGCGUGAUGCGGCUGAUGCCGGUGAGAAAAUGCCCGAAAAGGAACGCAAGACUUUGGACGAUUCAAUCGUGCACGUAAGGCGUCGCAAGGCCGAGCUAGGCGCACGGAUAGACAAUGUCAAGGAUUCAGAACGCAAUGCUGGACGUGAGCAAGAGCUGAAUCGAAAGCGAGCGCAGCAAGCCGUGCUUGACCAAGCACAUGUCAUCUGCGCAACCCUCUCCGGAUCUGGUCACGAUAUGUUUCAAAGCCUGAACAUUGAAUUCGAGACUGUCGUCAUCGAUGAGGCGGCACAAUGUGUGGAAAUGAGCUCACUCAUUCCUCUCAAGUACGGCUGCAUCAAAUGCAUCAUGGUCGGUGACCCUAAGCAAUUGCCGCCCACAGUCUUCUCGAAAGAGGCGGCCAAAUUCCAGUAUGAGCAAUCACUUUUCGUGCGGAUGCAGAACAACUUUCCUGAUGAGGUGCAUCUACUUGACACUCAGUACCGUAUGCAUCCCGACAUCAGUCUGUUUCCGAGCAGAUCCUUCUACGACGGCUUGCUCAAAGACGGGCCCAGUAUGGCAAAGCUUAGGGCGCAGCCGUGGCAUAAGAGUGCUCUGCUCGCGCCAUACCGAUUCUUUGACGUUGCUGGACAACAUGAAUCGGCUCCCAAAGGCCACUCUUUGGUGAACCGAGCUGAAAUUGCGAUCGCGGAGUUGCUGUACGAUCGUCUACGAGCAGACUUUCCGGACUAUGAUUUCACCAGCAAGAUUGGUAUCAUCACGCCAUAUAAAUCGCAACUUCGCGAGCUGAAGAACCGAUUUGCCUCAAAGUACGGACAGCAGAUCUUCGACUUCAUCGAGUUCAACACAACGGACGCUUUCCAAGGUCGUGAGAGCGAAAUCAUCAUCUUUUCUUGCGUGCGUGCUUCACCCGCCGGGGGCAUCGGUUUCUUGCAAGACAUUCGACGGAUGAACGUCGGUCUCACUCGAGCGAAAAGCAGUCUUUGGGUGUUGGGAAACUCGGAGUCGCUUAUGCGUGGUCAGUACUGGAAGCGACUGGUUGAGGAUGCGCGCGAGCGGGAUUGCCUUACAAGUGGAGACGUGAAGCGCAUGUUGCAUCAGCCAUCGAGCCAGUUUCCAGCCAGCAACAACAGGACUCUGAGCAUGCUAGAUGCGAGCAAUAUUAAGACCGAGCCGACCAAGCCAUCGGCGAAAGCUGACGGAGACCAUAAUGACGCUGCAUCAAAGCCUCGGCAAGCAGAAAGGACCCCUUUCGCCAAAGCUGCCGAUGCUGAAAAGAUGGAUGGUAUACGAUAUCGCUUUGAAGACAUCAAGAAGAGCAAGCAUAAGGCUGCAAUACCCAGCGCUGACGAUGACGUGGAAAUGAAAGAUGCUGACCAACAUGCCAAGAUGGAGGAUGAUGAAAAGAGUCGAUCGAACACAGCGAACGACGGAGAAGACUCCAAGCCAGCUUCGAUGCGCGAGCCGUCAGUCGCGGCAUCGAAUGAGUCGGCAUCGAGGGCUAAUACUCCUCUGUCUGGAGGAUGGGAUGGCCCGGGCAACGGCAGCAAUGGCAACGCGAGACCACAGAAUCCCGGGCUUGCGCAGGUGCCCAAGCCAUACAAGCGAAAAGCGGCAAGCAGCAGCAUGUUUAUACCUAAGAAAGCAAAGCCCGGCGGCAGAUAGGAUCCAUGAGACAGUGGGCAAGAGACACGCGACGCGUAGCAGAGAGCGCCAGCAAGACGCGUUGACGGAAGAAAUCGGGGAUGAGAGAAGAUAGUACAGUCGAGGACAGUGCUCCAGCGGCAAUGCGUGAGGCGCGUCUUCUCACUUAUGUAGCGCUUGCGUCAGGGCACACGGUGAGGUGAUACAUGGAUGGCUGCUUCACUCCGGGGACACAUGAGCUCGUGGUGGCGGUGUUGACGGAACACAUGCCGAUAUAGUGGGUGGAUUUCUCUGAGUUGGAGGGUGAUGUGAUGGUCGCGGCCUGGUUACGCAACGGCCGUUCUCAUGUGUGCACUGGUCGAAGCUUCAUCAUAUCGGAAUGGAAGGCAUGGUGUGCAGUAGUUUCGCGGCGCCCGGCCAUGCACGCACCAUGCUAUGACAUAUCGCCUCCAUCGAACGCAUGUUCACUACCGACACCGUCACUGGCAAUUGGUGGCCGUUGCAGGACUCGACUCGUGCUUGCUUGUGCUGCUGCAGCCGUUCCGACACGUCGUACAGAUGCAACAACGUCAGCCGUUCCGUUCU